CACUGCAGCUGCGUUGGCUCGCCUGGCCGGCCGGGGCCUCACCAUAUGUUCAGGUUCUAUUUCCAUCAGCGAACUACGGUCACUGUCGCUGGUCUAUCGCCUCGGCUAUGAAUCGGCGAGUCCUCUGCACAGAGGCCACCGCUGCAGUCGAGUAUUGAUGUUGCAAGAGAUGACCCGCGACGCCGAGAUGAACAACCAGAACACCCAGAAGACGGAAACGAACACCUCGCGGUCCGCCAGGGUUACGGCGACGGUGAAAGUCGAGCCGGUGGCCGUGGGAGAAGGACUUAGGCUCAACCCGUACUACUUCAAAACUGUCCCCGGAAUCCUAAAGCUGAUUCAAGUGUUAUUCGGCAUGAUCUGCCUGGGCUGUGCCUCCCCGGCGCUGAUCGGCUACGCCCGGUUCUUCCUGUUCGUGGCGGCGCUCUGCUACAUCGUCACGGUCCUGCUGUGUAUCAUCUACGUGCUGGGCGUCAACACGGCCCUGUCGGCACUGCCCUGGCUGUUGGGCGAGCUGGCAUACACGGUGACAGCUGUCGUCCUCUACAUCAUCGCAUCGGUAACGCAGCUGGUGUCGCAGUCAAGCUACUACGAAACUUGGCCUACUAUGUUCAGUGCUCUCAACGGCCAAUACAUCGCUGCUGGCGUGUUCGGGCUGCUGCAGGCGAUCGUGUACGGAGCCGGAGCGUUCCUGCUGUUCCAGGACUGGAAGGCGACUAGGCCGCCCCCGCCACCCCCGCAACCGCCGCGCCCUGCCAACUGAGAGCGGCCAGCGACGCGCCGAGAAGUGGACGCCUGUUGCCCCUACGGGGCGCUUCCUCCCAGUUUUUUUUUUUAUUAUUAUUAUUUUUUUUGCUGGCCCAGAACCGAGACGAGGUGGGCCACGGCUGCCCACGCACUAACAGAGAAGACACAGCACUCACGGACCGCACACGACACUGCUUGCGGUUCCAAUUACGAGCGCACCGUCUGUCUGUAUAGCCCGCCGUCCUCUACUCGAGUCGAAGGACCAAGCGAGAGAGAGAAGAAUAUUACUCUGCGCAUUUUUUUUUUUUUUAGUUCGCAACUAUAUUCCUUGUAGUCAUCUCGUUUAUUGCGACCAGUCAAGUUUUCACUCACGUUAAGUAUGUGGCGGUUGCUAUUAGCCGGCACGUAUACAUCCCAUCCCUUUGUAUCCUCAAGGCUGUAUAACGACGAACUCACUGGCACACUGGCGUGCCGUCAUGAGAUUCUCAAACAGAUUAUUAAAAACUGAGUGCUGCCUGAGUUCUUGUGAAGGUUGUAUUCCGCGCUAACAAUGGUGGGAGUGGGUUCCGACGCGAUCGGGGGCAUUAUGCUUAUACCUCCUCGCAAUGGAUCAAAGGAAGAGUCUUUCCUUCAUUGCGUGUGCGCGAUUCUGGCACUGCAAGGCGCCACAGUCGCUGGCAACCAAGCCAAGACACAGAGACUCCCUCAUUGGGCACCUGUGGAGGCAUAUGCGGCUUGUUCUUCAGCGCUGUUAGAUAAGUACCUGGCUAUGUUCAUGGAUUAUUUUCCUGGAAUUAGCUAUUCGGCUUUUUGGGCAGCGAGGGCAUGCCUACGAUUGAGCUAUUUGUCGAAGUUGAAAUAGUUACGGUGUUUGUCGCCCUCCUCUCUUCAAGAACAAAUUGGUGGAUGCCCGAGCCAAAAUGAUCUAUUAAGAAAAACUAAUUUGACAUGAUUUAGGUUCGAAACUCGAAUAACUCGAAAGAAAAUAACAACACUGACGAAUGCUGAAUUAUUGGGAAUGUCGGAUUAUAGCUUUUCCCCCAGUAUAGCUAUAAACAGGCUCAUGAAGCUUGAGCUGAUUUGAUAGGCGUAUCUAUUAGCCCUGUACUAAACCAUUGGGGCAUUUGUAUGUCGACAGAUUUGGAGAUGAAGUUAUUGAGGACGGAGCUCCGUUGAACCGCCGUCCAAGUUGGAGUAGCUGCACAACUGCUUCCAGAGGAGUACCACCACGACAGCUUAUUUUGAGGGGUGACUCACUGCAAAAUACUGUAGAGCCGCUGUGUUGCACAGAGCUUCACAAGCCCCACGUUGGUAGCGUAUAGUUGAAGCACUCGUGUACACAGCUUUGUUUCAAUUUCCGUGCGCUUCCUUCUUUAAUGACAUGCCCGUAAGCAACGAACGCUGCACGGAGUUUUCCAAAAUAGUGUUAUUUUGUGCAUACAAAGGUUUACUUUUAUGUCUUCGUUCCUUGUUGAGAAUCCAGUUCAAGAAAAUAUCAGAUUUAUUUUAAACGCUUGGUUGAAGCAGGAGAUAUCUGUAUAUACUGCUAGGUGCAAUAAUUUCGUGUUUACCUUGCUGCAGCGUGUUUGCAUGUGUUUAAGAUAUCAUUACUAAUCCGCAAUACUUAGUACUUCUGCCGCUUAAUAUGUCUCGUGGCAGAACAGCUUGCUUUUUUGUCGACGAAAACAAGACACGUGUUGAUGUUGAUCGUGUUCUGGCGCAGAGACCGCGCGGCUUAGUUGAUCGAUUAAUUGGGAUUUUUUGACGAUACAUUUACGCACUAACAAAUGUCUGAACUCGCCAUUCUUGUCUCACUCAAAUGAAAUAAAUGCACGUGCAAUCGCGCACUUUUAUA